AUGUCCACACCUCCGAGUGGGGAUAUAUCAGGCUACCAUCUGAGUGUAGUGCGUAACCCGCCGGGCUGGGAGGCGGGCAUCUACCUGGUGGGCUUCGUGGUGCUCCUGGCCGUCGCGGGUAUGAACAUCUGGAAGCUGUGGAAGUCUGGUACCUUCCCAGCGCCAUCUCCCUUUCCCAACUUUGACUACAGAUAUCUGCAGGAAAAAUAUGGAACCUCCUUCUCAGAGGUCCGACAAAAGCGUGUGGCAGCCAACAACCACCGUCGGGCGUCAACCGCGUCUAGCCGCAAGCCCAGCCUGGCUCUGGGCGACACCCCGGAUGGCCUCAGGGAGCUGGGCCAGCUGGAGCUAAUGAGCCGUGAGCUGGACCUUAGCGGGGCGAACCAGCUCAACCGUUCCAUCUCCACCGACUCGCUCAGCUCCAUCUCGUCCAUCGCCAAUAAUUUCGGCUACGAUUUUACGGUGGGCCAGCUGGAAGUGACGCUGGAGUUCGAGACCUCAAGGCAUGCCGGCCAGGGGACACUGCACAUCACUGCACACCAGGGGAAGGACCUGCUGGAGAGGGAGGAGGGAGACUUCCCGGGAUGCUUUAUCAGGAUCUCACUGGGCCCGGAAGAGCUCAACGUGGGAAUAACCAAGGUACAGACCAACGCGUUUACCGUCAUUUUCGACGAGAGGUUCUCGGUGGCGAUGGAUGUGUGUGCCCUGGAGGAGUGCAGCCUCCGCUUCGCCGCCUUCGGCAUCGACAGCGACGAGAGGAACAUCAGCGCGGGCGUUGCUGAGCUCAAGUUGUCAGACUUGGAUCUUACAGUCAGAGCCUUCAACGCCUGGCUCUACCUCCAGGACGUCAACAAAGCGGUGGAUGCAGUCGGGGAGAUUUUGCUGUCUCUCAGCUACUUGCCCACAGCGGAGCGCCUCACAGUGGUUGUAGCCAAAUGUAAGAAUCUGCUGUGGACCAACGGCAAGAACACUGCAGACCCAUUCGUCAAAGUUUACCUCCUUCAAGACGGACGCAAGAUAAGCAAGAAGAAGACAUCCACCAAGCGGGACGACACCAACCCCAUUUUUAACGAGGCCAUGAUCUUCUCUGUACCCUCCCUCGUCCUGCAGGAGCUGUCCCUGCGUGUCACUGUGGCCGAGGCGUCGGACGACGGGCGGGGUGAGAACUUGGGCCACGUGAUUAUCGGCCCAGAGGCCGGCGGCAUGGGGAUCACUCACUGGAACCAAAUGCUGGCCACCCUGAGGAAACCCGUGUCCAUGUGGCACCCGCUGCGCAGGAUCUGA